AUGCAUGGUCAACACCACAAGGAUCAGCUCACGCCUGCCGUUGAGCCAGGCCAGCUGGAAGAUUUGGAAGCCACAAAGAGCGGCCAGGGCGUCGCUGAGCUGGCAGAAAUCCCCUUGACGCGAGGUCUCAAGUCUCGACAUGUUCAGUUCAUUGCCAUCGGCGGCUCCAUUGGCACAGGCCUCUUCCUCGGCAUCGGCACUGGUCUGACUCGCGCCGGGCCCCUCUCUCUUCUCCUAGGGUAUACCCUCACGGGCGCGGCCAUCUUUGCCAUGCUCCAGUCUCUCGGCGAGAUGUCCACCUGGCUCCCUCUGCCUGGCGCCAUACCGCAGUUCUGUGCCCGGUACGUGGAUGGCGCGUUGGGAUUCGCUGUUGGAUGGAACACCUGGUACCAAGCUGCCAUCACGCUCUGUGCUGAGCUGGCGGCCGCCUCGGUCGUUAUCGGGUAUUGGGACACGGAAGAACGCAUCAAUGUCGCCGUCUGGAUUUCCAUCUUCCUAGUGAUUGUCGUCUUGGCCAAUAUCAUCGCCGUCGCCGUUUACGGGGAAGUCGAGUUCUUCGCAGCCUCCAUCAAAGUCAUCACCAUCAUAGGCCUAUUGAUCAUGACGUUCAUCGUCAUGCUGGGAGGGAACCCGCAGCAUCGUCGAAUCGGAUUCACCUACUGGGAGAACCCAGGCGUCAUGAAGUCGUACCUCCUCCCAGGCGCGCUCGGUCGCUUCCUUGGUUUCCUCAAGACUCUGCCCAACGCGGCCUUCUCGUUUGGCGGAACCGAGAUGGUGGCCGUGGCGGCCGGGGAAGCCGAGAACCCACGCAAGAACAUCCCCAAGGCGGUGCGCCGUGUCUUCUGGCGCAUCGCCUUCUUUUAUGUGCUCGGAGCGCUGGCCGUGGGCAUCCUCGUUGCGUCCAACGACGAGCGCCUCCUCUCGGCCCAGGCUGCCAACGCACCAGGGGCAGCACAGUCGCCAUGGGUCAUCGGCAUCCAGAAUGUAGGCAUCACGGUCUUGCCGGACAUCAUCAAUGCUGUUAUUCUCACAUCCGCCAUGUCCGCCGCCAACGCCUUUAUCUACUCGGGCUCCCGCUACCUUUACGCUCUCGCGCAGAACGGACAAGCCCCCAAAAUCUUCCUUCGCUGCAGCAAGCGGGGCGUUCCCUACGUGGCCGUCUUGACGACGGGCGCUGUGGGCAUGCUCUCGUACUUGUCCGUCCAAAAACACGGCGGUGCUGCGCAGGCGUUCCAAUGGUUCCAGAGCCUUGUGACGAUUGCCUCGCUCUUCACCUGGUCGUCCGUCUGCCUGGCCUAUCUGGGCUUCUACCGCGGGCUCAAUGCGCGCGGCAUUGACCGUGACACGCUUCGGAUGAAGACGCCCGGACAGCCCUACCUCGCAGGCUGUACGCUUAUCUUCUUCCUCAUAGUCAUCAUUCUAAACGGCUUCCAGGUCUUCAUCGGCGGCCAGUGGGAUGUGGCCGAGUUUUUGGCUGCCUAUAUUAACAUUCCUAUCUUUGUUGGGCUCUAUGGCUUCUGGAAGGUGUUCAAGAGAACAAAAUUUGUCAAGCCGGCAGACAUGGAUAUCUUCUCUGGGAAGGACGAGAUUGAUGCAUUGGAGGAGCUCUGGGAGGAUCCAAAGCCAAGGAACUUUGCGGAGAAGCUCUGGUUCUGGAUCGCAUGA